AUGCUGGCUUUGUGCGGUCGAUGGAGUAUUGUGGGGGCCGCUCCUAUCGAUGACUAUCUGUUUCUCGCUCCGUCGCAUUAUGCGGUAAGGACCCUAACGGACUGUGACAAAAGGUACGCCCAGAUUGAGAAAGAAAUGCUAGCAAUUGUGUAUGCGCUGGAGAAGUUCGAAGAUUACACAUUUGGUCGGCUCACGCAUGUAUACUCGGAUCACAAACCACUGAUCAUGAUUGUGGAUAAAGCCUUCCAUAGAGCACCAAGGAGAUUACAAUCGAUGCUAAUACGUCUACAGAAAUACAAUUAUGAGCUGCAUUACGAACAAGGUAAACGCAUGUUUGUGGCGGACACGUUGUCACGAGCCACAUUGCCAGACACAGGACAGGAACAAAAGUUGGAAUCCGUGAACGUUGCAUUGGCGGUGACGCAGCUCGAGUUGUCUCACAUACGAACUGCAACUAUUGACGAUUCGAGUAUGCAAGAACUUAAAGGAGUUAUCACACGUGGUUGGCCAAAGAACAAAAAAAGCCUUCAUAUGGAUGUAUUGCCCUACUUUAAAUUUCGAGAUGAAUUAACUGUUCACGAUGAACUGAUUUUUCGUGGUAAAAGGCCUGCCGAAGGCACAAUGGACAAUUUGGCUCCGGCAAGGGUUGUUGGGCGCGGCUGUGUUCACCGCUUUGACUACAUGCAUCCGCAUUCCGGACCUAUAUGA